GGAACGUAGAAAAUCGAUUAGAUAGGAAAAAAACAGACGAGAACAAACCCCAAAAAAAGCAAAAAACAACCAACCAGACAACACAUUAUCAGCUUGGAUUCUCUGCAUAAACCAUUUGCGACAUCAGGAGUUUCAGCUCCAAUUCUCUACUAGAAAAAUAAUUCAGGUACUGGAGAAUCAAGAAGCGAAGAAGAACCUGCAAAUGCGCCCAAAUUGCUGUCAUGUUUCCUUUGCUUUCUUGCUUAAAUUCCUCAAUUUUCUUCAAGCUUUUGUUGGACUCUCCAUCAUAAUUUACUCCAUAUGGAUGCUCGAUCAGUGGCACCGCCACAUCCCUUUCCCUCCUCCUUUGCCUCCUUCUCCCGAUUCUUCUUCUCAUCUCCUUUUUUUAAGUUCGCGAGCUCAAGAAACGAGGGUUUCUGAUCACGUCAAUCCCUUGUUCGCUGCUGAUGUGGUUUCUGGCUUCACUAAUACCCUUGGGUUCGAUUUGAACUCUUUCAAUCUUCCUGCUCCAUGGUUUAUCUACUCUUUUAUGGGAGUUGGCAUUUUGCAGGGCUGCAUUACUUUCAUUGGUUGCAUGGCAGCUGAAACUAUCAGCGGAUGCUGCCUGUGCUCUUAUGCUCUACUCACAAUUUUACUUAUUCUACUAGAGGCAGCAUUAGUUGGAUUUAUUGCAAUUGAUCGCCAUUGGGAAAAGGAUCUUCCAUAUGACCCAACCGGAGAACUUAGUAGCUUACGAUCUUUCAUUGAGAACAAUGUUGACAUAUGUAAAUGGGUUGGGAUAUCAGUGAUCAUAAUUCAGGCAUUAUCGCUGCUACUAGCAAUAACUUUAAGAGCCAUGGUUUCUACCCGAAAACCUGAUUUUGAUGACGAGGAUGAUUAUGAGGGUGGUAGGGGUAGAACUUGGGAACCACUUCUUAAUCCACAAUCAAGCCAAGUAUCCGGCUCAAGCAAGGGUGAUGGCAGAGGAAAUCACUCUGAUAUUUGGAGCUCUCGGAUAAGAGACAAGUACGGGUUAAACAGUGGUGACAAAUAUACUUCAUCAAAUCAGAAUACACUGCUGAAUGCAAAGUCCAAGUAGUGAAGAUCAAAAGGUUUUGCAUCUAAUCUUUGGCAUCAAAGUGUAUAUUGCCCCAUGCUUAAGUCCAUAAUUAUCUGUAAAUGUGAGAAGUUCUGAUGUACAUAAGCCUAGCAAUGGAUCCCUGGUUUGGAGUUGAUUUGGUGUUUUAGAAUUUCUUUUAAGAGGAUAAAACUCUUGGUUCCAUGCCAUACAAUGUUGGCACUUUCAUUUAAGUUUGUUGGCUUGGCUUGCAUUAUUUGCCUGAAUUGAUGAGUGUUUAUUACCUUUUCGUUUGUGGUUCUUAUCUACUAUAUUUUUAUUGA